AUGGAAGUACACGAAGUACCUCCACCACCUCUUAAAUCCAGUGAUUUGAUUAACACAGCACUACCGUAUGCUUUCCUCUUUCUUGUCGGGACCAUCGGCAAUACAGCAGUUCUUAGCUAUGUUUUUUUCAUCACCAGAUCUCUGCGUUCAUCCAUCUCAGCCUUGGGAAACACUUUCAUCUACAUAGUAUCGUUAUCAGCCGUUGAUUUACUGGUCACCAUUUCCAUUCCUUUCACACUUUCUUCCCUGAUUCUCAACAAUUGGGUAUUCGGAGAAUUGGGAUGUAAAAUCCAUUGGGCAGUUGAGCUGUCCAACAAGCUCUGUUCAACAUUCCUUUUAACAGCUUUAGCCUUUGAUAGAUAUAUGGCCAUAUGUCAUCCAGAGAAUAAGAGGAUUCAUCAUAUGAGGCAGACAGCUCUUAUAACAUCAUUGUUAGCUUUGUUAUCAUUCUGCUUGAUACUCCCAAUCAUAUUUACUUCUACAGUACGUAAGACUCCUUCUAAGGAUAGUGUAUAUUACCAUAAGAAUGUUAAGAUGGAUGUGUAUCGGCAUAUGUGUGUAGACGGGCUUAGAACAGAGGGCAAAGUUCUCGUCUCAAUCUUUCUAAUCUUAUUCGCCUUUGUUAUGCCUUGCACCUUGAUGACGUUCUUUUAUGCAAAAAUCAUCCUUCGUCUUCGAAAACAACAACGACGAAUGAUGCAAUCGAGAAUUCCAAUAAGACGUAUAACCAUUUAUACGAUGGUUGUGACGUUUUUCCAUUUAUCAUGCCAAAUACCAUUUUGGUUGCCACAAGUUUAUGCUGUUGUCAUAAUGGUCUUCAAAUUGCCGGGAAAUAAUUCAUAUUUAACUUUUUUAUAUUAUUCACAUCUCUUACCAUUUGUAUCGGCAGCCUUCAAUUGGAUCUUCUAUGCUCGCCUCAAUAGUCAAUUCAAGAAAGGAUUAGUUCUUGUAACAGAGCGCAUGAUUCGCAAGCGGACAAGAUCGAUUCAACAAAAUGGAAUAACGUCAACUAACAAUCGAGAAACUAUAGAUGAGAUGGCACUGGAUCUCAUGGUAUCUUCACCCAAUGAGCUAACUACGUGUCCUAACUGCGAUGCUCCACUCACAACAAAGACUCAGAAGAAAUCAGUUGCAAAUUCAACAUGA